GCCCAUCCCACAACCCCACACAAUCCUCAACCAGAGAGCCAUCUUCCUGGGUAUCAAAAUGGCCUCUUCGACCUCCCUUACUCUCUUCUUCUUCCCUUUCCUCCUCCUCACCCUCUCCCACGCCGCCACCUUCGACGUCGUCAACCAAUGUUCCUACACCGUGUGGGCUGCAUGGGCAGACACCGGCAACAACGGCGGCGGCCAGAAGCUCGGCAAGGGCCAGACCUGGACGGUCACCGUCAAUCCCGGCACCCCCCGUGCCCGCAUCUGGGCCCGUACCGGCUGCUCCUUCGAUGCCAACGGCAACGGGAAGUGCCAGACCGGCGACUGCGGCAAGCUCGCCUGCACCUCCUACGGCUCCCCGCCCAACACCCUCGCGGAAUUCGCCCUCAACCAGAACUCCCCACCUUACUACACCAACCGCGACUUCAACGACAUCUCCCUCGUUCAGGGUUUCAACGUGCCCAUGGACUUCCGCUCCACCUCGUCGAGCUGCAGCAUGGAUAUCCAAUGCACCGCCGACGUCGUUGGGAAGUGCCCCAGCAAGCUCAAAGUAACCGGCGGCUGCGAUGACCCAUGCACCAUCUUCAAGACUGCUCAGUACUGCUGCCCUUCCGGCUCCAGCUGCGAGCCAACCACCUAUUCCAAGUUCUUUAAGAGCCUGUGCCCGAAUGCGUAUAGCUACCCGGAUGAUUAUAACAACACCCAAUUCUCCUGCCCCGGUGGGACCAACUAUAAGGUCACCUUCUGCCCUUGAGGCUUUGAGAGCUUGGUGAUCCAUGCAUGCAUGACGCUGUUUGGAGUAUGUGAUAGCUUUGGAAUAAGGUGGUUGUAACCAGAUUUACAGCCCAUUUCACAGGCCUGUAAUGCAGCAGUAAUAGAGUAAUAAAAACGUUGCAUAAUUGUUUGCUGUUAGUAAA